CGAUUUAAUAGCAUGAAAAAUCUUAUCGAGUGCUGAAGGCUUUAUUCUGUUGUUUGACACGAACAAAGUUACAUCUAUCUUCACACAUAUAAUUGUUAGAAGCAGUGUGUCGGAUCUUUCUGUCUUUUUGUGUAUUUUUCUUGUUCAAACAUAGAUACAGUAAAAUACAUUUUUACUGUAAUACAAACUAAUAAGUUUCAAUGUCAUUAAUAAGAAGAAUUACGUUAGAGGAAGAAAUGAAAAAGAAUCCUGAAUUGAAAUUAUCUGAUAUACAAUUACUCAGAGAAUGGUGCGAGAAACAAACACACUUGCCAAAAAUUGAAGACAGCUUUCUCGCUUUGUUUCUUCAUAGCAAUUAUUAUCAAAUGGAACCAACUAAAAACACAAUUGAGAAUUAUUACACGAUUAGAACGCAUUUACCAGAAUUUUUUUGCAAUCGAGAUCCACUCGGAGACAAAGGACUACGACAAGCUUUCAAAGUCAUAACUUCUUUCCCUCUGAAUGGAACAACGAAGGAAGGCUACAAGAUAAUAUAUGGAACAUUACUGGAUCCUGAUCCUUCACACUAUGUCUUCAAUGACGUUACCAAAUAUAACGAAAUGGUAUCAGAUAUAUGCUUUUUGAGAGAUGGUACAAACAACGGUUAUAUCUUUAUCGGCGAUGUUAGUAAAAUAUCGUUCGGUCAUGUGAAGCAAAUAAAUCUAUCAUUAGCUAAAAAACAUUUAGACUACGUCCAAGAGGCAGCGCCGUUGCGUUUAAAAGGAAUCCAUUUUAUAAACGUACCAUCCGCCAUGGAAUUGCUCAUGAAUAUUAUAAAACCGUUUAUGAAGAAGGAGCUGAUAAAUUUGAUACAUUUUCAUUCAUCGUUGGAAAGUAUUUCCAAAUAUGUUCCCAUAGACGCGUUGCCGAAUGAAGUGGGCGGAAAAGGAGGUUUUAUACAAGAAUUAGCCCAAAUUCAAGUGAAGCAACUCGAGGACUAUCGUGAAUGGUUUUUGUUGGACGAGGCAACCGGCCGUGUUAAUAAAGCCUUGAGAAUUGACAAGAGUAAUCCAGCAAACACCAAACAUGAAUGCAAUAUAGCAUAAGAGUAAAUGUAAUAUAACAUAUUACAUUAUCAGGGUUGGAUUAGAUAUGUGAACUGUUAGUACAGUCUAUUUUGUAUCCCAAUUUGUCCACUACAUCCUCACGUAUGCACUGUAGGUUAAUUUAAGACAAAUUAGAACACACUUUGGAUUUUAGAGACAUCUUUGACAAGUUUUACAACUUUACAUGAUCUGGUGCUUAGCUGUAGAAAAUAUUUUGAACAACUAUCUUGUCAUCUCUCGUAAUCAUUAUUCUACAUGCAUAAUGGAAAAAGUGCAAUCAUGUACUCAAUGCCAAUGUAAUUAAUCGCUUUAUUGCAACUGAUUUCUUCUGUUCAAUAUUUUAAUUCUGGAUAAUAAAAUUCUGGAUAGAAAUUGUUUGAUCAUCAGGAUAUACCAUUUCUACAAUUUUGGCUGUAUACUUGGUCUUGCAAAUGACUGAAUGCAUAAACUAUAAGAGUAUCCAACGUUAUUUUUACCUACAAGUUAUUUACAAUUUGUAAUAAUUUAUAAUAUAUAACGUAUAUAUUUUAUAUAUUAAUUAUAGCAUUUUAUUUUUAAAGCAUCUAUUUUAAGUAUUUUUUGUAAAUAAAUACAAAUUAAAAUUAAACAAUGUAAAUGCACAUACAUUUGUAAGAUUAGUUACUGUGCACUCAAUAAAAAUAUUUUUUUGUAUUAA